AUGCCGGCACCUAGUGCCAGAGAGGCAAGAGCAGACGCCAAAGCAGCGGAUUUAUCGGAUAGCCCAAGGGACGACUCCAAGGAUGAGGGCUUCCAGAGUUUGUGUCGUGUGUGCCGGGCACAGAACGUGGAAUACACAUCUGACCUGGUCAUCGUUGCACGCCCGCGGAUGCCAAAGCUGCUUCUCGCGCGGCGGUCGGCCAAAGCGCGCAAUCGCUCACCGGAACACCUCCAUCUGGACAGACGGCAGUUGGGCCGCUGCCCGGUCUUGGAGGAGGAGGCCCGGUUACGCUUGCUGAAUUAUCAGAACAAUGCCAUAUCGCGCAUCGAACAUCUCGACAACCUGCCCAAUCUUACUUUCUUAGACUUAUACGACAACAAGAUCCAAGUCAUGGAGAACUUAGAGAAGUGCAAAAAUCUGCGUGUUCUCAUGCUUGGCAAGAACCAAAUCCAGCGAAUCGAGAACUUGAAGACUCUUGAGAAGUUGGAUGUUUUGGACCUGCACAGCAACAGGAUCAAGGAAAUUCAGAACGUGUCGCAUUUGACACAUCUUCGCGUUCUGAAUCUUGCUGGCAAUUUUCUCCCUAACAUUUUCAAUCUGGACGGACUGGUCUCGCUCACUGAAUUGAACAUUAGACGCAAUUCCAUCUCGACGACUGCCGGCGUGGAUCAGGUACCACAGCUGCAGAGACUCUUUGCGUCGCACAACAACAUCGUCUUGCAUGAGGAUUUACGAUUCUUAUCUGCAGCCACCAACCUUCGAGAGCUUACCUUGGACGGAAAUCCAAUUUCUGACAAAAACAAGGCCUAUCAUGUCCACAUUGUGACCCUCUGCCCAAAUCUGGAAGUGUUGGACAACGUGAAGGUGGAGGCUCGGAAGUGCAUUCGAGCAAAGCCCGAGUUCAUGGAGGCUUUGGAAGUCCCGUCGCAGCGAAGCGAUGCAGAGAUCCAGGCUUCCAGCUCGAGUGUCCCCGAUCAGCCCGAGCAGUCGGGAGAGGACUCCGAGCCUACUGAGCCUCCGGUUUGCAUCCGGAGUUUUGUUAUUUCACCUUCGCCAUCCGCGGCUUUGAAUGUCGCUCCUGCGACAGAAGAGGCCGUGGAUGCUCGUGGUGAGCACACAAACACAUCCAACGCUGCUGAUGUGCCUUUGGCGGAGUCGUCGCCACCGCCGAAGCCGAAAGGGUCUGCAAGGGGGCGUGAUGGCUUGCCGGCUCGUGCGCUGCACGGUCUACCCAAGCGGCCGACUACAGCCACAGCCCGGCCAUCGCAAGCACAACCUGGGCUGACAGACAGCCUGGCAAUUUCUUCCAUUCGCUCAGGCACGAAUCUGCAGCGCCCUUCCCUUCCAGUGUCGACUCAGCCCAUGCCGAUGCCGAAGGAACAGAAGACCGGCUCCAUGACCAGCGAGGAGGUGCUCCAAGCCAUCCGCCUGCAGUGGGAAUUGGUGCUGCAGGGCAAGGUUGCAAUGACGCGGCACGGAUAUGUGCGAAGAGAGCAUGCUGCCGAGCUCUCCAUUUUUGGCCGUGGUCUGGAUGCGCUGGAUAAGAUCGACUACCAAAGCGUUGUGACCAGCAUUCACUUCCACUAUAUCUUGAUUGAGACGCUUGCUGGCGAAAUUGCUCGCCUGUUGAAGUUCAAAGUCUUGAACAGCAUCACCUUCGUCCAAAACCAGAUCCUAGAUCCACGGGCACUGGAGCCAUUUCGCCGGAUGCCUCGCUUGACAUCUAUUACCAUCAAGGAGAAUCCCGUCUGCUCCGGUCGCGCCACCUUGCGUGUGGGCAUUAUCCGCUGGCUGCCCCACCUUCGCAAGAUUAAUGAUCAAGAUGUCACGGAUCUGGAGCGUGCGGACGCAUGCAACCUUCAAGCAGCUUUGCCGGUGCUCUCCAGCCCAGACACGACAGACUCUCCCGAGGACUUGUCUGCUAUGGUGGAAGGACUGAUCAGCCAUGCUUGUACAGUUGAUGAGCGCAUAUCAGCCGUCCAUGAGCACUUCGGAGAGAUCGUGCGUGAUGCCAUCCGUGAGGUGUGGUACGACCUGGCCGAGUCCUCCGGCACCGUCCCAGCAAUGCCAUUGCCAUCAACAGGCUUCACCAUCGACGAGUAG